AUGCCGUCGCUAUGGUCCCGCGUGCGGAUGCUCGACGCGUGUCCGGGGGCGAUGACGACGCCGGAGCACAUCAAGCACGUGCGUCGCCGGAUCCUCGCCCGCCCCCGCGCGCCGUCUCGCGUCGUCCUGUCGAUGUCGCGGUCGUCAAUCUCAUUCGGUUUUUCUUCGCGGGAGGGUGCCCACAGCUGCCGUCAGACGCCAUUCCACGUCCUCACGUCGCGUCCACGCGCGCCGCUGACGCGUCCACGCCAUCUUCGCGCCCCCCCCCACCCCCACCGCGCGCCUCGCACGCAGUGGGUCGUCACCGAGACGGUGUUCAAGCGCGCGCGAGACGAGAUCGACGCGAAGGGGAAAUUCGACCCGAGCUCCCUCGCGGUCGACGACGACGGCGUCAUCACGGGGACCUGCGCCGGGUCGCGCCCGACGGACAAGUAUAAAGUCCGCGUCCACGUCCGCGAGCCGCGCGAGGACGACGACGACGACGACGGUGGCGCGGGGGAGAGGGAGAAGGAGAGGGCGAAGGACGUCGAGGUGCGCGUCGACGGGGCGCCGCGGUGCGUCGUCGAGGCCGAGUGCGGCUGCCCCGCGUCGCACAACGCGGGCGGGUUCGCGCAGCCCGACGUCCCCGGGCAGCCGCCUCGGCGGCGGCAGCCGAAGCGGAGCUGCAAGCACAGCGCGGGGCUGUUGUUCUGGCUGAUGAGGCAGCUGACGGCGGAGACGGACCCGGAGGAGGGGACGACGACGACGGGCGGCGGCGGCGGCGGCGGCGGCGGCGACGGCGGCGGCGACCGCGCGGCGGACGCGGCGGCGGUUCGCGCGUCCGUCGGCGCCGCCGCGGUGACCGCGCCGCCGUCCGCGCCGCGGCCGCCGCGGCCGGUCCCGCCCGGGGGGAAGAAACGGCGAGUCCCGAGCGCGCUGUUGCAGGCCGCGGCGGCGGCGGAGGAACAAGACGUGGCGAAGCGAGCGAAGGCGGCGAAGAAGGCGGGGGCGAAGUCGCCGGCGGCGGCGGCGGAGAAGGUGACCGCGGCCGCGGCGCCUCGCGGUCAGGGCGUUCGGCUUCGACGCGCCGCGGCGGUGAAUAUCAAGACCGAGCCGGGUUUGGAGGAGGAUGACGACGACGGCGGCGGCGGCGGCGGCGGCGGCGGCGCCGGGCCGACGACGACGACGGGCGGGGACGUCGUGGACAAGGUGAAACGCAUCACGGACGCGCGUUUACUCGCCGCGGCGAUGCGGGUGUUAGAGGGAGACCGUCCACGCGAAGACGAGGUCGCCGAUGGCGUCGCCCCCGUGGGCGCGGAAGACGGCGACGUCGGGGGCGAGUCUGUCGUCGCGCCGGCGGCGACGGUCGCGCCGGUGAAGCCGCCGGCGCCCGCGGAGGCGCCGGCGGGGCUGGACGACCUGUUCUCGUCGUUCCUUCCCGCGGCGUUUCGGGCGGACGGCGGCAGCCAGAGCACGGCCGGGACGGCGGCGCCGGCGCCCGCGGCCGCGGAAGUCCAGCCACGCCCCGCGCCGGCGCCGGAGCCUCCGAGUUCCGCGGAGGAGACGGAGGGGACGGAGAAGCCGCCACCGACGACGACAACGACGGACUCGGAGCCUCCGUCGCAGGGCGAGCAAGGCGCGACCGGGCGGAAGAAGAUGUCGUUCGCGGAGAUGAUGGCCGGCGCGGGGCUCAGCGGGUACUAG